AUGUCUGAAUCCAUUACUGAAGAAAAACCUCCAAAGGAUGUUUAUGAAUCUUCCGGUGAAGAAUCCGAAGAUGAUGAUAUCGAUGCCUUAAUCGAAGAAUUACAAUCCAACCAUGGUUUAGAUGACGGUGACGAUGAAGAAGAUGAACAUGCCGCUGCUGGUGAAGCCAGACUCGUCCCAGAAGAGUUGUUGCAAACCGACCCAUCUUACGGUUUGACUACUGAUGAAGUUCUCAGAAGAAGAAAGAAGUACGGUCUUAACCAAAUGUCUGAGGAGAACGAAUCUCUUGUUGUUAAGUUCCUUAUGUUCUUCAUCGGUCCAAUUCAAUUUGUUAUGGAAGCUGCUGCCAUUUUAGCUGCUGGUUUGUCUGAUUGGGUCGAUUUUGGUGUUAUCUGUGGUUUGUUAAUGUUAAACGCUUGUGUUGGUUUCAUUCAAGAAUUCCAAGCUGGUUCUAUUGUCGAUGAAUUAAAAAAGACUUUAGCUAACUCUGCUAUCUUGAUCAGAGAUGGUCAAUUAGUUGAAGUCCCAGCCAAUGAAGUUGUUCCAGGUGAUAUCUUACAAAUGGAAGAAGGUACUAUUAUUCCAGCUGAUGGUAGAAUUGUUACUGAAGGUUGUUUCGUUCAAGUUGACCAGUCUGCUAUUACUGGUGAAUCCUUAGCUGUUGACAAGCACUACGGUGACCAAACUUUCUCCUCCUCUACUGUUAAGAGAGGUGAGGGUUUCAUGGUCGUUACUGCUACUGGUGACAACACUUUCGUCGGUAGAGCUGCUGCUUUAGUCAACAAGGCUGCCGGUGGUCAAGGUCACUUCACUGAAGUCUUAAACGGUAUUGGUACUAUCUUGUUAGUUUUGGUCAUUAUCACCUUGUUAUUAGUCUGGACUGCUUCCUUCUACAGAACUGAUGGUAUUGUUAGAAUCUUAAGAUACACUUUAGGUAUUACCAUUAUUGGUGUUCCAGUCGGUUUACCAGCUGUUGUUACCACCACCAUGGCUGUCGGUGCUGCUUACUUGGCUAAGAAGCAAGCUAUUGUUCAAAAGUUAUCUGCUAUUGAAUCUUUAGCUGGUGUCGAAAUCUUAUGUUCCGAUAAGACUGGUACUUUGACCAAGAACAAGUUGUCCUUACACGAACCAUACACUGUUGAAGGUGUUUCUGCUGACGAUUUGAUGUUAACUGCUUGUUUAGCUGCUUCCAGAAAGAAGAAGGGUUUGGAUGCCAUCGACAGGGCUUUCUUAAAGGCUUUAGCUCAAUACCCAACUGCCAAGAAUGCUUUAACCAAAUACAAGGUUCUUGAAUUCCACCCAUUCGACCCAGUUUCCAAGAAGGUUACUGCUGUUGUCGAAUCCCCAGAAGGUGAAAGAAUUGUCUGUGUCAAGGGUGCUCCAUUAUUCGUUUUAAAGACUGUCGAAGAAGACCACCCAAUCCCAGAAGAUAUUCAUGAAAACUACGAAAACAAGGUUGCUGAACUAGCCUCCAGAGGUUUCAGAGCUUUAGGUGUUGCAAGAAAGAGAGGUGAAGGUCACUGGGAAAUCUUAGGUGUUAUGCCAUGUAUGGAUCCACCAAGAGACGAUACCGCUGAAACUGUUGCUGAAGCUAGACGUUUAGGUUUGAGAGUCAAGAUGUUAACUGGUGAUGCUGUUGGUAUUGCCAAGGAAACCUGUAGACAAUUAGGUUUAGGUACCAACAUCUACAAUGCUGAAAGAUUAGGUUUAGGUGGUGCUUCUGACAUGCCAGGUUCUGAAUUAGCUGAUUUUGUUGAAAAUGCUGACGGUUUUGCUGAAGUCUUCCCACAACACAAGUACAGAGUUGUCGAAAUCUUACAAAACAGAGGUUACUUGGUUGCUAUGACUGGUGAUGGUGUUAAUGAUGCUCCUUCCUUAAAGAAGGCUGAUACUGGUAUUGCUGUCGAAGGUGCCACCGAUGCUGCUAGAUCUGCUGCUGAUAUUGUUUUCUUAGCCCCAGGUUUAUCUGCUAUUAUUGAUGCCUUGAAGACUUCCAGACAAAUUUUCCACAGAAUGUACUCUUAUGUUGUUUACCGUAUUGCUUUAUCCUUACACUUAGAAAUUUUCUUAGGUUUAUGGAUUGCUAUUUUGGAUACUUCCUUAGACAUUGACUUAAUUGUCUUUAUUGCUAUUUUCGCCGAUGUCGCCACCUUAGCUAUUGCUUAUGAUAACGCUCCAUACUCUCAAAAGCCAGUCAAGUGGAACUUACCAAGAUUAUGGGGUAUGUCUAUCAUUUUGGGUAUCAUCUUAGCUGUUGGUUCCUGGAUCGCCUUAACUACCAUGUUCCUACCAAAGGGUGGUAUUAUCCAAAACUUCGGUUCUAUUGAUGGUGUUAUGUUCCUGGAAAUCUCUUUAACCGAAAACUGGUUAAUUUUCAUCACCAGAGCUGUUGGUCCAUUCUGGACUUCUAUUCCAUCUUGGCAAUUAGCUGGUGCUGUCUUUGCUGUCGAUAUCAUUGCUACUAUGUUCACCUUAUUCGGUUGGUGGUCUCAAAACUGGACUGACAUUGUUACUGUCGUCCGUAUCUACAUCUGGUCCAUUGGUGUCUUCUGUGUCUUAGGUGGUGCUUACUAUGAAAUGUCUGAAUCUGAUGCCUUUGACAGAUUAAUGAACGGUAAGCCAUUGAGAGAACAAAAGUCUACCAGAUCUGUCGAAGAUUUCUUAGCCGCUAUGAGAAGAGUUUCCACUCAACACGAAAAGGAAAUGUAA